AUGGUUCAUACUGGAGAAAGCCAAGAUAAUACUCAACAAGUUCGUGUGGGCGUGUUAGCUCUACAGGGUGCUUUUCUCGAACAUGUAAACAUUCUAUCUCGUCUUCCCAAUGUAACUGCGGUUCUCGUACGGAGAAAAGAACAUUUGUCAACGAUUGAUGCAUUAAUAAUACCAGGAGGUGAAUCGACAACUAUAGCUUUGGUGGCCGAGAGGUCUGGGCUGCUGAAUUCAUUAAAGGACUUUGUGCAAACUAAGCCUACAUGGGGGACUUGUGCUGGGUUGAUAUUGCUAGCCAACGAAGUGAAUAAAACAAAGAAGGGUGGGCAGAAGGUACUCGGCGGGUUAGAUAUUGCUGUCAACAGAAACCAAUUUGGUAGCCAGAUUGAUUCGUUUGAAGCUCGCUUGCACUUUGCCCACGUAACGACAUCCGAUACUGACCUCUUUCCGGCGGUAUUCAUACGUGCUCCAAUCAUCACUUCAAUCAAUUCACCAGAUGUAACAGUAUUGGCCAAGUUAGAGCAUAGUGUUGGUCAAACCGAUGCUUCAGCUGUCGUUGCCGUUCAGCAAGGUCAUUUGCUAGGCACAGCAUUCCAUCCGGAGCUUACUGAUGAUGACCGCAUACACAGAUAUUUUGUACAAAUAGUGACCCAAAUUUUGAACGAAAAACUAUGA